UUGGUUGCCUUGAGAUAUUAGCAUGGUAAAAAAAGACAAUGUUCAGUCAGAUGCUCAGCUAAAACGCUGUGUUAUACACGGACUUAUUUAGAAUAAUUUCACAAAUAUUUUGAUCGAUACUUGAAAGUAGGGGUAUUUUUAGCUUUUGUACAGGGUGCAGGGUGUUGAAAUUUAAGUGAGAAAAUGCAAGAAGUUAUCAAACCAAAAGCGGCGUUAGGCAUCCGUCACGUACAAUGUGUGAUGCUAUUCUUCGCAAUGCUAUUAGCAUUCGGCAUGAGGGUGAACAUGAGCUUGGGUAUUGUCGCCAUGACGGACUCUUCAAUGGAAAAUACAUUCGAUUGGAACAUGCAAAUGCAGAGCGUGAUUCUGUCGUCUUUUUUCUGGGGCUACAUGAUCUUUCAAGUGCCUGGCGGUCUGUUAGCCGACAAAAUCGGCGGCAGUGUUCUUGUGGGCAUCAGUAUUGGGUCGAACUCUAUUAUCUCUCUGAUUCUGCCAAGUGCUGCUGUUUAUGGUGGCUGGUACGCAGUAUGCAUUUGCCGUGUCCUGCAAGGUUUGACGCAAGGAUUCGUCUCUCCAAGCACGCAUAACCUCAUCGGGAAAUGGGUGCCUUUAGAUGAAAAGAGUAGGAUGGGAGCAUUUAUUUAUGCAGGAGCUCAACUGGGUACAGCAGUUAUGCUCAUGUCGUCCGGCUUCUUAGCAGACUACUGGGGUUGGCCUUCCAUAUUCUACUUUGUUGGCGCCUGUGGAGCUAUCUGGACCUUUGUGUAUAUCUUCAUCGGUUCAGGAGAGCCUCAAAACUCGAAGUUGAUUAGUGAAGAAGAGAAGCUGUAUAUUCAAACUUCUCUUGGUCAAAUUGGAGGCAAAAAAUCUAUUACCACGCCAUGGAUGUCACUGUUAACUUCCAUGCCCUUCGUCAGUCUGAUCAUCGUGCAUUGUUGCCAAAACUGGGGAUUCUAUACACUUAUGACUGAGAUGCCGUCUUAUAUGAGCCAAGUUUUUGGAGUCAAUGUUAAAGCGAAUGGUGUACUGUCGGCUACUCCUUACAUUGUGAUGUACAUCCUCAGCUUUCCCGUUGGUUUCUUAUCUGAUUAUGCUCUCGGUAAGGGCUGGGUCAGUACUACUGCUGCUAGGAAGAUAAGCAACAGCAUUGGAACUAUAGGCCCAGCAUUAGCUCUUAUUGGAUUAGCGUAUGUGCCAGCUGGGAAUAUAACCCUAGCGGUUAGUGCACUAUCCGCUGUAGUGGGACUCAAUGCAGCGACACUUACAGGCUUUAUGCUAGUUCAUCUGGACAUGGCCCCCAAUUUCGCGGGAACUAUGUUUGGCAUCUCGAAUUGUAUUGGAAAUAUUGUCACCAUCAUUGCACCUUUAGCAGCUGGAGCUAUUAUUAAAGACGAGACUGAUGCAGGCGAAUGGCGCAAGGUAUUUUACCUAGCAUCAUUUAUUUAUAUUUUUGGGAACACAAUUUUUCUCAUUUUUGGGACCAGUGUUCGACAGUUGUGGAAUGACCCAAAAGAUGAUAAAAAUGGAAACUUUACUGAUGCUGAAAAAAAGGAUACAGUUAAUUAACGUCGACUGAAAUAAUUAAACAGUUAAUAAAUAUGAUUACAGUCUACUUCAUAGUA